AUGGAAAUCGACCUGACAGACUCUCCAAGCGCGACAUCAGUCUCAACCCCAACCGACGGCGGCCUCCAUCUCCACAAGAGGCGUCGCACUGACGACCCCGCCUCCGACAGAGACGACAUCAGUUCAAGAACAGACCCCGAAGGCGACGAAUCCUCUCACAUCCACCACCCUUCUCUCAACGGUGGUCUUGCAUCCAUUAACAACCCUGGAGCUGAAUCUACGCGCACGGCGGUUGUUUUGAGCGAACCCCCACAAUGGCAGCGAGUCAUCGAGAAGGCUGUCAAGGCAAUUGUUUCGAUCAGGUUCAGUCAGGUCUCGGCGUUUGAUACCGAAGGCCCCGAGACAUCAGAGGCAUCAGGAUUCAUUGUCGAUGCGGAGCGUGGUUUGAUCCUCACAAACAGACAUGUUGCCUGUGCUGGACCUUUUGUUGGAGAGGCUGUCUGUCACGACCAUGAGGAGGUCGACGUCUUUCCUGUGUACAGAGAUCCCGUCCAUGACUUUGGUUUCCUGAAGUUUGACCCUUCCAAGAUCAAGUACAUGGAGGUGACUUCGAUCCCAUUGGUGCCCGAGAUGGCCAAGGUCGGCAUUGAUAUUCGCGUCGUUGGUAACGAUGCAGGAGAGAAACUGUCUAUUUUGUCUGGGUCCAUCUCUCGUCUCGACCGCAACGCCCCCGAAUACGGUGAUCUGACAUAUAACGAUUUCAACACCUUCUACCUUCAAGCCGCCUCGAGUACCAGUGGAGGAUCCAGCGGCUCACCUGUUAUUGAUAUCAACGGAAACGCUGUGGCGUUGCAAGCAGGAGGCAGUUUGAAGGCAGCUACGGAUUUCUUCCUUCCUUUGGAUCGUGUUCGUCGCGCAUUAACCUUUAUUCAGGAGGGCAUGCCUGUGGCCCGUGGCACCAUCCAGACACAGUUUCUGUACCGACCCUUUGACGAGACGCGCCGUCUUGGAUUGAGCCAGGAGACAGAGGCUUUGGUCCGUGCGAGCUUCCCUGAGGAGAUUGGAAUGUUGGUUGCUGAGACUGUUUUGCCCAAGGGACCCGCUUCUAGCUUCUUGGAGGAAGGAGAUAUCCUUGUUUCGAUUAACGGAGAGCUGAUCACCAAGUUUGUGCCAUUGGAGGACUGUUUGGAUCGCAACGUGGGCAAGGAGGUCGAGAUUCUUGCCGAGCGCGGCGGCGAGCAGAGAAGAGUCAAGGUCACCGUUCAGGAUCUUCACAGUAUCACACCCGAUCGCUAUGUCGAGAUCGGAGGCUCCAAGUUGAACAACCUCAGUUACCAGCUCGCCCGCAGCUUCUGUGUCCCUGUUAGCGGUGUUUAUGUCUCAGAGCCUAGCGGGAUGUUCAGAUUUGACGGACCUGACCGUGGCUGGAUCAUUUCCUCCAUCGACAACCAGACGAUUUACAAAUUGGACGACUUUAUCGAGGUCAUGCAGACGAUCCCUGAUAGAGAGCGUAUCCCCGUUGUGUAUUAUUCGAUUGGUGACGUUCACACCACCAGCGUUGCUGUUGUUCAGGUCGAGCGCCACUGGAGCCGAUUCCGGUUAGCUGUCAGGAACGACCAAACUGGAUUAUGGGACUUCACCAACUUAGGAGCACCUUUGCCACCCAAGCCUAUUGUUCCUUCGACUGUCAAGUUUUUGGAAUUGGACGAGUCUCUGGGACCAGCCAAGGAGCUGUUUAGCUGCAUGGUCAAGGUCAGCUACUACAUGCCUUGCCGCAUUGACGGCUUCCCUAAGAGCAGAAAAUACGGUGCAGGAUUAGUUGUUGAUGCGGAGCGUGGAUUGAUUGUUAUUUCGCGCAACAUUGUGCCUUUUGCCAUGGGAGACCUGAGCAUCACCAUUGCCGACUCGAUCAUUGUUCCAGGAAAGGUCGUGUACUUGCACCCAACCCACAAUUUUGCCAUCAUCUCGUACAACCCCAAGGAUGUCGGUGGCACACCCAUUCAGUCGGCCAAGAUCUCCCCUGUCAACCUUGUCCAGGGACACCAAGUCUCCCUUGUCGCCUUCAACCACAACCAGCGCCCCAUCUGCCUCAGGACUGUUGUUACCGAUAUCACCAGUGUGACCAUCCCCCACAACGGAACUCCUCGUUUCAGAGGUAUCAACUUGGAUGCUAUUACAUUGGAUACCCCUUUGGCUCAGCAGUGCUCGUCGGGUGUCUUGGCAGACAGCGAAGGCCGUGUUCAGGGAUUGUGGUUGUCGUAUCUCGGUGAGCGCAACAACUCGGGACGCGACAACGAGUACUACCUUGGACUGCACAUCUCGACCAUUAUGCCCGUCCUUCAGCCCAUGCAGGAGGGCCUUUACCCCAAGUUGCGCAACUUGAACAUUGAGGUCAUGCCCGUUCAGAUGGCUCAGGCCCGCCACAUGGGUCUCACAGAUAUUUGGGUCAAAAAGGUCGAGGAGGCCAACCCAUCUCGCCACCACAUUUUUAUGGUUCGUCGGACAGAGACCGGAUCGGUUUCGGCAUCGAUUUUGCAGGAGCUGGACUUGAUCUUGAGCAUUAACGGCAAGGUUGUUACGCGCAUGUACGAGUUGGAUGUCCAGUAUGACGCAGCGGAUUUGGACAUUGUUGUGCUGAGGAAGAAGGCUGAGGUCAAGUUGACUGUUCCUACCGAACCCAUCAGCGGACAGGGCACCAACCGGUUGGUGAUCUGGGCAGGAGCUAUGAUGCACGAGCCCCACAAGGCCGUUCUCCAGCAGAGCAAAACUUUGCCCAGUCGCGUCUAUGUCAGCGCCCGCUCCAAGGGCUCACCAUCAUACAUGUACGGCAUGGUUCCCACCAUGUGGAUCACUCACAUCAAUGGCACCCCUACCCCUGAUCUGGAUUCUUUGCUGAUCGCCGUCAAGAAGUGCCAGGACAACGCUUAUGUUCGCGUCAAAGCCAUGAGCUUUGAUAUGGUUCCCACCGUCCUCAGCAUCAAGACCAACAUGCACUACUGGCCAACAGCAGAGAUGGUCAGGGAUGAUAACGAGGAGUCUGGAUGGCGCAAGGUGGUCGAUGCUCCUGCUGCUACCGCAGCCAACGGCGAGAGCUCGACGACAGCACAGGAGGACAUGGACGAGAUUGUGGCUGUGACUGUCGAUGGAGAGGAAGUGGACAUGGAAGAUGACAACUCUGGAAACUAA